UGAGAAAAUGGUUUGAUUCGUUUUGGUUCUCGUAGUGUCUGCAGUGUGCACUUCUCUUGCAUAGGGAGGGAAAGAGCGAAGACUAGAGAAGAAAGAGAAGCUUCUGCUGCAUCACUAUGGCGUUGGCGCUGCUUCUUCCUGUUCUUCUUCUUCUUCCCACUUCGCUUUCUGUUUCUGCUCAAACUCAACCAAACUACCACUACGCCUCCCAAAUCAGCCAAAUCAACCUCAAAAUCGCUCACUUAGAAUCGGUUCUUGAAGAAAGUAACACAAGAUUAAAGGAAAGGGAUGCGCACCUGGAAGAGUGUGAGAGGCGAAUGAAUGAAUUAUCGGAAAAAAUUCACCAUCUGCAUUCUACUCUCUCUGCAAUGAAGGCUGAUUCAUUGCAUUCUGAGAGACAGUAUACAGCUCUGGAGGAAGAGGUACAACUUCUUUGGCAUACCUUGAGAAGGAACAACUUUGAUCUUCAUAUUUUGGAAUCUAAAGCACAAGAUGCUGAAGAGAAACUGGAAGAGCUUACCUCAAGAGUUGAAAAGAUGGGUGACAUUGUGAAUGAACAGUGGAUUCAAGUUCAGCAUCUUGAGCAGGCUCUUCACAUUACCAAAAUGAGGACUUUAAAGGCUCAAAGGCUAACAAGUGUAACAAGAUGCACAUUCAUGAAGUUUAUCAACGUCCUUCUUGAUGAUCUUCGGGCACUUCAUUCAUAUGUAUUUGGUGAAAGGACUAUAGUCAGUUCACUCAUCUCACAGACUUUGGAUCAGUUGAAGAGAUGCUCUUCAUUGACCAAAAAAUAUCACCAUCAGCUUCAAGGUUUUAUCAAAGAUCUGAUGGAGAGAAAUGAAUUGACUGCGUCUAUUGCAAAUGAUGAAUUAGUCUUCUUCCUGGCUUCUGCUCUAAUCACCUUUCCAUUAAUGAGUGCCUGGAUGUUGCUCUCUUCAUAAUGACCUGGCAGGCAAGUUUGUUUUUUUUUUUUUUAAACUGAACAGAAAAUUGUCCCCGUACUUCUUUCUACAGCUACAAACUGCUGACAACUUUCUUCGAACAUUUCUGCUUCAAGAAUGUUUCUCAGUGAUGGUGGACUACUGUAGUUUUGAUCUUGUAUCAGUGUAUGGUUGCAAGUAGCCGAGAAUACUGAGCAUUUUAUAUAACUAUUUUGCCUGUACAUAUCCAUCUGGAUAGUAAAUCCCUGUGUUUCGAAAUACAUUGAGUAGGGAAAGAAUCUUGUCAAAUCAACAAAUGAUGCAAGAGUUACAAUUAGUAGCUUCAAUUUAGACAUGGAAAAUUACAUCCCAGAUGUGAAUCAGAUAUUCAAUAUCUUUUUAGUUCGUAUAAUCUGAGUAUUUGUUUUUAGUC